AAAAGGCUUAUGGUUUGGGCCUCAAGUGAAUCUCCCAAAUAUAAAACCCUGUGACCGCCCUCACUUACCGACCGGCGACCUACACACAUGACGAUGUUUCUCCGGCGAAUUGGACAGAUGGGAAGACGACAAUCAUCGUCCAUCUUGUCUUGUUACCGACCUCUAAUAACCCCAAUCCAACAUCCUUCUCCAAAUGAACAAUCGAGAGGGUUCGUUUCAGAGAUGCGAAAAACAGCAUUUGAAGACCGCAUUCGUAGACUCAUCCGAAACGACAUUCAAUACGAACUCGAUCGAUCUCCCCUUACUCAGCUUGUUUCAAAGUUCAAAUCUUUUUCGGUCGAUGAGAGGUCCGGAGAACAAUGGAUCAGAUUGAACAAGAAAUUCGGUGACAACGAAGAGAUAAAAUUAGAGGUAACCAUGUUCCAAGUCUCUGCUCCUCCUGCAAAAGACGGUUCUCUUACCACAGCUAAUGACCUGGAGCUUUAUAUAUCAAUGGUGGUUGAUGUCUUUAAGGAUGAAGAUAGCGGUAUUUUGGAAUUCAUUUGCAAUGUUUGGCCCGACAGCAUAGAGAUCGACAAAGUUUUUAUGCGUGACCAAGAUGGAAUGACUGGUAAACCGUAUUUGGGUCCUCCAUUUCACGACUUAGACGAUGAGCUGCAGUCUUCACUGUAUGAUUUCUUGGAGUCAAGAGGAAUCAAUGAUGAACUUGUUGUCUUUUUGCAUAAAUGUAUGCAGCACAAAAGCAAAAAUGAAUACAUUCGUUGGAUGGGAAACAUCGAGUCGUUUGUAGCCCGGAAAAAGUAAAUCCAAAACACUGUUUACGUUUGCGUUUCGCAGCUCCUAUAAAUGUGAAAUUGAAUGAAAAUAACUUCAAAAGUUUUUUAAAAUUUCAUUUUGGAUGCAAGGGUGGUUAGGUUUUGGCUUUGGUUUCAAGUGUAACUAUAUACUCAUUCGGGUUCGGUUUAGUUACUUCUGAACAAAAUUGGCUAGACAGGAUUAAUGACAGUUAUUGUAAUGUCUUGUGUUGGUGAUUUUGUUUGUUUGGUGGUUUAA